AUGCGAGACGAUUGGGACCAGAUCAAACAGGCACAGAUAUCAAAGUCUGUCAGGUCAAAAGCGGCACGCAAGGACAUCCUCGACGUGCAUGGAGUACGCUACUCUGUACUCAAUGACCUUCCCGGAUGGAUGCCGAGUGCUUCGUCGCCAGUGGACUAUAUGCAUAAUUUUUACCUGGGAAUAGUCAAACGGAUUUACUACGAUGUCAUCAACCACGGUUAUCUCCUUGACAGUGCUAGGACCUCACUCUACAAAGAUACGAUCAACUCGAUUAUCUGGCCAUCGUCUAUAGGUCGUCUUCCAAAGAAUCUCGACAGUGACCAUUCCCUGCCAAAAGCGGACCAAUGGCGCCAUCUGUGCCAUGUCCUGCCGUUUGUGCUUUGGGUGUGCUGGCGAAAUACCAGAGGCGAGAUCAUCUCGACUGCUCCCCCUAUUCCGCCAAACCCCAAGCAUCACACAACGUGGCGACGUGACAUUCGACAAAUCUACAGAUUAGUGCUAUAUCUUGCCAUCGCUGAGCGCAUUCUUGCGCGCCAUUCCAUCUCUAUUGCUGAUGUAGACCGAGGUCAAGGCUACAUUCAGCUUUAUUGUCAAGGUCUACAGGCUCUCGGUGUCUCCCUUACGGUCAACCACCACAUGGCAAUGCAUUACUCAGAGAUCUUGCAACGGUAUGGUCCUGUGUACGCAUGCUGGCUGUUCGGUUUUGAGCGUUUCAACGGCUUGCUCGAGAAGGUUAACUUGAAUGGGCAUGGAGGAGGGGAAAUGGAGUAUUCGCUUGUACGCGAUUGGGUAGAGAAGCAGCGAUUAUAUGAGCUCGCUGUUUCAUUACCAGAAGAUGCGUCAGAGAGGGAGCGAGAACUUGUAGAGCGGAUCAUCAACGGAAAAGGGAUGGAUAGAGGGACACUGAAUAACCAGAACACGGAGUUCGCAUCUGGAGGUACUGUUAUACCAUCGCGACAAACCUCAAAAAAACACGUCAACCUUCGGACGCUGCAACACCCAGAGGUGUAUGGUCUCCUCAUCAGCUAUCUCCAGUCUCUCGAGACGCUGGGACCUCUCAAUAUUGUCGACGACAUGUCCACUGGAUGCGACAUCACUAUAGUCUCAGCAUCAGGUUCCACUCGCAUCUCUCCCUUCAUCACUGUUAACGGCAUUCGCAUUGGAUCAGCAUACACACGACGGACUAACACUGACGAGUUUGCAGGCAUAGAAACGGACGAUAGCCUUGCACCAUGCAAGGUCUUAUAUCAUCUCAUUGUUGAGGUGCCACAUCACGCAGAGCCGAUCUAUUGCUCGGCUAUUCAACGGAUGAUACAGGGCUCUGAUAUACCAGAGAUGCCAUGGGACGGAUUUGCGACUGAGCUCGGGGCCACAGUUGUUCAAAAGGGCUUGUAUGGGCCACUGGAGAUUGUCUCAUCUUCGCAGCUCUCGUGUCCAGUCAUCAUUAUCCCUAUCCCUCAUCAAGACCUUGGACCGCCAUUGCCUCCCCUGUGGGUCGUGGUUUUCUGUGACAGGAACGGCCUCGAGUCACACGAUCCAUUGCUCGAUUGA